UUCUUUUUUAUUUUUAGUGCCUCCAGCAGUAUCUGUUAAUAAACAUCAAAGAAGGUAAUGUUACUGUGACUUGCCCUGAUGCAGAAUGCAGUAUUUCAGGAAAAAUUCUCGGAUCUGAGAUAAGAGAAAUAGCUGGAGAAGAUGCUUUUUUCAUGUUUGAAAGAUACAAAUUGAAUCUAGAUGUUGAGUUGGAUCCCCACAGGGUAUGGUGUCCUGCAGCUGGUUGUGAAACAGUAUGCACAUUUCAGCCUCCUUCAGAUCCCGAUGUUGGAGUUCCAGUUUAUUGUAUUAAUUGUAGAACAAGGUUUUGUUCUCUGUGUAAAUUAGGAUGGCAUGAUAAUACCACCUGUGAAGAUAUGAGAAAAGCCUUAAGUGAUGAAAUUGAAUUAUCCAUCAGUGAUGAUGAAAGUGUUAUUAAAAGGUGUCCUAACUGUAGAAUCCCAAUAGAAAAAGACGAUGGCUGUGCUCAAAUGAUGUGUUAUAGGUGCAAGCAUGUAUUCUGUUGGCAUUGCCUAGCAUCUCUUGAUGAUGAUUUUCUUUUACGUCAUUAUGACAAAGGUCCUUGCAGGAAUAAGCUAGGACACUCACGAGCUUCUAUGAUAUGGCAUAGAACACAAGUUGUUGGAAUAUUUGCUGGGUUUAGUUUCCUUCUUCUUAUGGCAUCACCAUUUCUUUUGCUGGCUGCACCGUGUCUUCUCUGUUGUCGUUGCAAAAACAAAUUUUUUUAUGAAGAAGCUACUCCACUUUAAGAGUAUAUAAACUGUCUUUCACAAAGAAGCCCGGUGCUUCUAGUCAAAACAUAUAUCUAUUCAUAUUCAUUUGCAUAGAGACCUCCCAGUGGUAUUGCAUUUAGAUCAGUGUUCCAGUCUGUGAUAAAAUGCUUUUAUUAAAUAAUUACAAUCAUAUUCUAUAAAAUUUUAUGAAUAAUUACAAAUGUGCUGAAUAUCUAGAAAACAGGCUUCUCACGAUGAAGUUCAGAGCUACAGUUUUUGCACAUUAUACUGUGUAUAUAUGUAUAUAUUUAAUAUAUACAUAUAUACACAGUAUAAUGUGCAAUUAUACUGUGUAUAUACUUAUAGAUGCUGCAUAUAAUAUCCUGUGAUUAGAAACUAAUAAAGUAUGCUAAUGUGGCUUUUGCUACCUCAUGAGCUUUCUAUAUUUUAUGUGAAAAUUGUGAUCAGAAAGAUCAUUUAAAUAUUAAUCUGUUGGAAUGUACAUUAUAAUUGUUAUGUUUAAAUAUUUAUUCAUAUUUUGUUAUCAUAAUUUGGGAAAGAAAAAGGGGAAAUUUUAUAUUUUGUGUGCAAAUCCAUUGUAUACUUUUCUUCAUUAUUAAAGCACAAUUUUUUAAUUGUAAAAGAACAGAAAUUCUGGCUGAAAAAUUUCCCCUUUUCUGUUUUUGGUAUUUAAAUGCUGAUUUCUGAAUCUUUUUUGCUUUUUACGUGGGUGCUAAAAGUUUUCAUUUAUUUCAUUGCUAAUUAAUUUUUUUGUUUUUCUCAGAGUAAUUUUCACGCAUGAAUUUACUAGAUGCUCAAUAUUUUCCUUGAUUAUACUUUAUGAUAUUGAUAUGAAAAAAUUUCAUUUUUUAUUAUUUUUAUGAACAAGUCUCUGUGUGUAAUUUUUUUAUAAAGAUGAAUGUCUAAGUUAUAAUAAAUUUAGUAAACAGUACUAUAAUAUUCUAGUUUUGUCAUGUGUUAUUAAUUUUUCAUGUGUUACUAAUUACUGUUUACAAAUUUUUCAUCAAAUAUCUUUCCUGGUACUCUACCACUGAGCAGUAAUUGAUAACUAUGUGUGUAAUAGCUGAUUUAACUAGUCAUGAAUUCUGGAACCAGCAAAAUAUUUACUUCAUGUAUACUGUACUUAAUAUAUAUAAUUCAUACAUGCUUUCACUGUAAAUUUAUAAAUUAAAAGAAGGACAAGUGGGUGAUAUCACAAAAAAAAAAAAAAAAAAAAAAAAAAAAAAAAUUAUUUUAAAGAAAUCCCAAUACAGUAUUCAUAUUUUUAUAUUUCAACAUGACAGUGAGGUUGUUUGAGUAUUAGUAGUUGUACUGCUAAAUCAUGGGGAAAAAAUUAAAAUUAUAAAAAUAUAUAAUUUUUAAUAUAAAUUUCAAGAUAAAAAUAUAGGUACAGUAAUUACAUAGGUAGAUGCAGUAUGUAAAGGAUUUCUGGCCCUGUGGCAUGUGUACAAGUAUGUGUAGAAGCAUAACUUAAUCUUUUAAAAUGAGAACAUGAAUGGUGAACAUUUCAGUUCUUGUAUGUAUUCAUUAAUCUAAUGGUAUAAAUAUGGACAUUAGAUUAAAGUAUCUUUUGUAUACACAUGAAAGAUUGUCAUGAACUGAGAUGUUUAAUUGUAAGUAGUUCAUAAAGCAGAUAUUCCAUAACAAUGCAAAUGUUCUGAUUUCCGAAUUGCUCUUUCUGCAAAAAUGGGAGAUUCUCAAUUUUUCACCAUUUCUAUUUUCCUGAUUGAAGGAAGAUUAAAUGCUUUAAAGGAGAUUUUGACAAUUAUAAAAAAGCUAGAGCUAUGAUUUCAUCUCUAAAUAAAACUGUAGUUGUGAAAAAUAAUUGUUUUCUCCCCCCCCCAAAAAAAAUUAUUUUUAACAUACUUUUUCUUAUCAGUUUUUAUUCAGUUUGCAUUUAAUCUACUUUAAAUCUAUAAUGUUUUCUAAGGUUAUCUACAUCAAGGAUCCCC